AUGAUUGUGCAUAAUGUCGAGGAGGGGCAGUACACCGAGGACAAGGCUGCACUGGAGGAGCUACUGAAGCUGAGGUCAUUGCCAGAGUCUAUAGAAAAGCACAUGGCGAUUGUCCAGAUGGUUGCCGACGACUACUUCUCCUGGAACAAACUCAAGGAGCACCUUCUGUCGAAUCCCUCGGAUUUCGGGACCCAGCUCAGGAUCUGUGAAAACGCCCUGAGAGGCAAUCCCAAGUCUUACCAGCCCUGGCAUCACAGGAAGUUCAUGAUGGAAAGAUUCCAAAAGCAGAGGGAGAAGCACCUUGGCAGAGAGGACUUUCUUACAAAGCUUUUGCUCGAUUCUGAUCCCCGGAACUUCCACUGCUGGAACUACAGGAUGCUUUUUCUCAGAACCAGGACCGGAAGAGACCUGUUCAACUACUCGUAUUUGCACCAUUGCUCAGGAUCUGAAGACCCGCUCUCUAUCAUCUAUACCGAUCCUUUGGACCCAACGUGCUGGGAGUAUUUCUACAUAUGGAGGGAAAGGAGAAGAAUGAGGCGUGGCAUGUACAUUCGGAGAUACAGCAAGCAUCUGGAGAUUAGGUUUGAAGAACCUUUCUGGGGGAAGCUUGUUUUUGAAGGAGGAGGGGUUGAAAGGAUGGUGUCCUCUGAAUUUGCCACCAAAAUCGUCAUGAUCGGGGAGUCCGUAGAAGCUCUUGGGAAGUACAGGGUGGCGCUAAAUGGGAAGGAAGUGGACCUGGGCCCAGAAAAGGAAGACUUCGGAUUUCUGCACGAGGUCCUUGAGGCAGAGUCCAGGUGCCACGGUGCACUGCUGGCUCUUCUAGACUAUGUGGAUGAGGAGACAGAAAGAGCCAGCAUUAUAGAAAGAAUUGCCACCCUGGAUCCCGCUCGGAGAAGUUACUAUAGCACCUUGCAUGGAAGGUUUUACUGUGUGUACAUCCCCGGGUCUGGAGAAUAG